AGAGAGAGUGUGUAUUUAUACAUUUUUUAUAUUCUCUUUCACUUUCUUUGCUUUUCUUUUCUUUUCCCGUUGUUUCCAUCAUAUUUCCUCCUCCUCCUCCUCUCUCGUCCUUUUCUGGGUCUCUCACUGUCCGUUGGAACCAAACAGUUAACUUCACUCUCUCUCUUUCUCUCACUCACUCAGUCACACGCUCUCUCAAGUUGCUUCUCUCACAUAUUCUGAAGCCGGUAACAUGAGCGAGAGUGGGCUUAUUACACACUAAUUCUACUUAUGAAUCUCAACGCAGAGCCACCACAGCCUCCGCAGCCCCACCGUUUCUCCACCUCUUGUGACCGGCACCCUGACGAGCACUUCACCGGAUUCUGUCCUUCAUGUCUCUGCGAACGACUUUCCGUCUUGGACAAAUCAAAUUCUGCCUCCACAUCACGUAAACCUCCUCCUAUCCCCACCACCUCCACCGCCACAGCCGCCCUCAAGGCCAUCUUCAAGCCAUCCUCCUCGAAUUCCGGCGCAGGAGGCUCGUCAAGGCCCUCUUUCUUCUCCGAGCUCCGUCGGACGCAAUCGUUCUCUGCCUCGAAAAACGAGGGAUUGGGGUUUUCUGGGUUGUUUGAACCCCAGAGGAAAUCUUGUGACGUUAGGGCUCGAAGCACUCUCUGGUCUCUAUUCUACCAGGAAGACGACCGAAAGACGUCGAAGAAGGAAACCAGAGGAGCAAAUGUUGACACUGAGGUUGUUGAUUCCAGGAAUUUAGCGUCGUCUUCAAGUGUUCGCGUCGUGAAAGAAGAGGAGGAAGUUGAGAUUGAAACCUUAAGCCAGAGCGAUAACGAAGACGAGGACAACUCUCGGGAUUCGGAGGAUCCCAAUUUAGCAUCAAAUGUCAACUACUCACGCUCGAACCCCUUGAAUCCAAUCGAACACAGGGUUCCAGAGAUUGUUGAGGAAGAAGUUGAAGAAGAGGAGGAAGACCCAAAGCAAGAGCAAGAGCUCGAGCUCGAGCCCGAGCCAGUGCUGGAGAUAGUGCAUGAAGAGGAUAUGAAACCAAUGAAGGACUACAUGGAUCUCGAUGCCCAGGCCAAGAAGCCAUCUGGGAGGGACUUUAAGGAGAUUGCGGGUAGCUUCUGGUCAGCCGCGUCGGUAUUCAGCAAGAAAUGGCAGAAAUGGAGGCAAAAACAGAAACUGAAGAAGCGGAGAAAUGAUGGUGGUGGGUCUGCCACAUUGCCUGUAGAGAAGCCUAUUGGGCGGCAAUAUAGAGAAACCCAGUCGGAGAUUGCAGAUUACGGGUUAGGGAGGAGGUCCUGCGACACGGAUCCAAGAUUCUCACUCGAUGCGGGUCGGAUAUCCUUUGAUGAUCCGCGAUACUCCUUCGACGAGCCUCGCGCUUCCUGGGAUGGGUAUUUGACUGGAAGAAAUUUCGCUGCAAGUACUAGAAUGCCUACAAUGCUAUCAGUUGUAGAGGAUGCACCUGUCCAUGUUUCAAGGUCUGAUACCCAAAUCCCAGUUGAAGAGCACACGAGCUCGACCUCGACCAAUGAGGACGGAACUGUUCCUGGCGGGUCUAUGCAGACUUGGGAGUACUACUCGGAUUCUUCUUCCAGGAGAAGGAGGAGUCUUGACAGGUCAAACUCCAUAAGAAAGACUGCAGCAGCAGUAGUUGCAGAGAUGGAUGAAAUGAAGUCCGUUUCUAACGCAAAGGUAACUCCAGCUACUGUUGAUUACUUCAAUGGAUUGAAGUUACCUGAUAUGAGGGAUUCCAAUUCGAAUUCAUUGAGGGAUGAUUGCUCUGAAACUUUUGAGAUUGGAUUCAGAGACAAUGCAUCUGUGGUGGGUAAUGGUGAACGGAAGGGGACAAAAAAGUCUAAGAGAUGGACUAAGGCAUGGAACAUCUGGGGUUUUAUACACCGGCGAAGCAUUAACAAGGAUGAGGAUGAUGAUAGAUAUAGUAGAGCAAAUGGGGUAGAGAGGUCUUUCUCUGAGUCUUGGCAGGAACUAAGGGGAGAGGGUAAUGGGGAAGCAAGGGGGACUUUCAAUCCCAAAGUUUUGAGGAGCAACAGUAGCGUUAGUUGGAGAAAUUCUAAUGGCAUUGGUGGAUUAUUUGGUAACUCAAGGAAGAAUGGUGUUGAGACAACUGGGAAUGGAAAGAAGAGGAAGGAUGAAUUUGUGUUGGAACGGAAUAGGAGUGCGAGGUAUUCGCCCAACAACAUUGAUAAUGGACUGCUGAGGUUCUACUUGACUCCAAUGAGGGGCAGUAGGCGAGCUGGAAUCAUGAAGAAUAGGGCGAAUCAUGCACAUUCUAUUGCAAGGAGCGUACUACGAUUGUACUAAUAUGAAAGGUUCAUGAGUUGUUCUCUUUGCUACAUUGUUGUUAAUUUUGAUGCAUUUGCUGUGUUAAACCACACUUGCUUAAUGUAUUCUUGAUGGUUGGUUGGAUAAAAGAACUCUAAAUUGUUGCCUUUCUUCGUAGUGA